AUGGGGGAUCAUGGAUGGAGGGGACCAUGGAUGGAGGGGAUCAUGGAUGGAGGGAUCAUGGAUGGGGGGAUCAUGGAUGGAGGGGAUCAUGAAUGGAGGGAUCAUGGAUGGAGGGGAUCAUGGAUGGGGGAUCAUGGGUGGGGGAUCAUGGAUAUUGGGGAUCAUGGAUGGGGGGAUCAUGGAUGUUGGGGAUCAUGGAUGGGGGGAUCAUGGAUAGAGGGGAUCAUGGAUGGAGGGGAUCAUGGAUGGAGGGAUCAUGGAUGGAGGGAUCAUGGAUGGAGGGGAUCAUGGAUGGAGGGGAUCAUGGAUGGGGGAUCAUGGAAUGGGGGAUCAUGGAUGGAGGGGAUCAUGGAUGUAGGGGAUCAUGGAUGGGGGGAUCAUGGAUGGAGGGGAUCAUGGAUGGAGGGGAUCAUGGAUGGAGGGGAUCAUGGAUGGAGGGAUCAUGGAUGGAUGGGUCAUGAAUGGAGGGGAUCAUGGAUGGAGGGGAUGAUGGAUGGAGGGAUCAUGGAUGGAGGGGAUCACGGAUGGGGGGAUCAUGGAUGGAGGGGAUCAUGGAUGGGGGGAUCAUGGAUGGAGGGGAUCAUGGAUGGAGGGGAUCAUGGAUGGAGGGGAUCAUGGAUGGAGGGGAUCAUGGAUGGAGGGAUCAUGGAUGGAGGGGAUCAUGGAUGGAGGGGAUCAUGGAUGGAGGGGAUCAUGGAUGGGGGGAUCAUGGAUGGAGGGGUUCAUGGAUGA